AUGCCCCCCCACCCAAGUUCGAGCAGUGCGAGCCACCCUCCGGUCACACUCACUCUUCACAAUGGGCUUAUGGCGAAGCUCAAACCGUCCAAAAUUUUCAAAACGGCAGUCGAACCAGCCCCCAAACCACCAUCACCAGUAGGUCCCGGUCAACAUCAAAAAGCAGCCCCACCUGCACGAAGCGUAACAGGGAUAUGCUUCGACGACAGAGGCGAUCAACUAAUUACAGCUGGUGAAGAUGAAACCUUCAAGCUGUACAGUUGUAAGUCGGGCAAACUCACAAAAACGUUCUAUUCGAAGAAAUAUGGCGUCGAUCUGCCACGUUUCACCCACAAAAACACUGCCAUUCUUCAUGCAUCAACGAAAGAAGAUGAUACGAUUCGCUACCAUUCUCUCCACGACAAUAAAUACCUUCAAUAUUUUCGUGGUCACAAAGCCAGGGUUGUCUCCCUUGAAGUUUCACCGAUAGAUGAUGGGUUCAUGUCAGGGUCCAUGGACAACACUGUCCGUCUCUGGGACCUCCGAACCCCCAACUGUCGAGGUCUAUUGACCCUUCCUAACAAUUCCGUUGUGGCAUACGAUUCUUCUGGAAUGGUUUUUGCUGUCGCCGUGAAUGAAUAUUCUCGAAUACUUCUAUAUGACACGGCAAACUACGACAAGGCCCCUUUUAUCACUAUCCUUCUUGAAGAUCCUGCUUUGGCUCUCAAAAGUUACCCUCCCCGUCCGAUCUGUAUGACAUCUCUGUCAUUUUCGACGAAUGGAAAAUAUCUCCUUGUUGGGUGCUCAAGCGAUACGCAUUACAUACUAGACGCGUUUGACGGGUUUCUGAUUGCAAAGCUGGAGGGACAUAUAGGUUUAGAACGAACAAGGAUUAAUGCGCAGUUGGACAUCAAACCGUCCAAAGGUAUCAGCGGGGAAGAAGUCAGUUGGACCCCGGAUAGCAAGUAUGUUAUUGGCGGGAGUCUCGAUGGAAGAAUCUUCAUAUGGGAUAUCACAAAUUUGCCUCCCCGCCCCGACCCCGAACCCACUAUACCAUCUCGACCUGAUACCAUUUUGUCGUCUCGAGCAGAAGCCGAGCGCAAAAAAUUUCCUGUGCGGUUGAAUCCCAUUGUUGCCUUGGAUGCUCAUCCGGGACCAUCACGGUGCGUCAAGUUCAACCCACGGCUUGCAAUGAUGGCUAGUGCGGGAACAGAAUUGGCCUUCUGGCUUCCUGAUACUUCCGGGGAUGCAGAAGAGGCUGCAAAGGAUCUGCUCAAGAAAAGAACUGCUUGA